CAAAAUCGUGGUUCCGUCUCUGUCUCUGUGCCGCCAACCCGAUAGACUAGUGUAAAAACAGCCACACAGUUCUUAAAUCUGCCACAAAUGCGUUCACUUUCUCUACCAAAAUUCUCGAUUCCCAGAAAAUUCCCAGAUACCAACAGGUUCAUGGCUCAAGCAGUGUCUCACAACACUGAGAAGAAGCUUAUCAGGAUCGAUAUAAGCUCAGACACUGUAUGCCCAUGGUGUUUUGUGGGCAAAAGAAAUUUGGACCAAGCCAUAGCUUCUUCAAAGGAUCAAUAUGAUUUCGAGAUUAAAUGGCACCCCUAUCUGCUUAAUCCUUCUGCCCCCAAAGAAGGCAUUAAUAAGAAAGAAUUUUACCAAAAUAAGUUUGGGUCUCAAUCAGGACCUAUCAUUGCUCGGAUGACAGAGGUUUUCAGGGGUUUGGGGUUGGAGUACGACAUUUCUGGUCUCACGGGAAAUACUUCAGACAGCCACCGACUAAUAUAUUUUGCCGGUCAACAGGGGCUUGAUAAGCAACAUAAUAUCGUGGAAGAGCUGUUCUUUGGCUACUUCACACAGGGAAAGUAUAUAGGGGACAGGGAAUUCCUGUUGGAAUGUGCUAGAAAGGUUGGGGUAGAAGGAGCAGCAGAGUUUCUUGAGGAUCCAAGUAAUGGUCUGAAGGAGGUUAAUGAGGAGCUUGAGAAGUACUCCCAGAGCAUCACAGGAGUCCCAUAUUAUGUGAUCAAUGGGAAGUUGCAGCUUAGUGGCGGCCAGCCCCCACUUGUCUUCCAGAGAGCUUUUCAAACUGCCGCGAAUGGUGGCGCCUAGAAACUAUCUUUGUUUAUCUGGAGUCCUGAAUAAUGGUGUGGUUGGUUGAUAAACACAUGUAUUUUGUUUGUUUUGUGUGGUUUAUAUGGCUAUUUGUGAACUUCAUAGAGGUAAGAAAUAAUAACACAGUGUAAGCAUGAAAUUUGGAUUUGUGGACGUGAUAUAUAUAAAACAUGUUAUAGUAGUA